AUGCGACUCCCCUGUCCCCAAGGUCAGACGGCAUCGGCCGCUCUGGUCGUCAUAGCCAUCUGGGCCACUGCCCUCGCUCUGCUACAGAUCGCCGAUGCUGCACCUGCGGGCGUCGCCGAUUUCAGCCGCCUCUUCGGGCACCCUCAGCCGGUCCGCGACGUCAUGGAUGAGCUGAGUCCGAUCUUUGGGCAUGCUCGGUCGAGCCCGGAUGUGACUUUGCAGGCGCAGCCGAGCGCCUUCGGCUAUGGCAUGGCCUCGUCCAGCCCGGCUGCCCAACCUGCUCAGGAAGCCGUCUACCAUCAUGUCCAGCCGGGGCAGUUCUGGGGACCGCACCCCUACAGCCCUGAACAAGCGCAUCAUCCGACGUCGAAUGACGUCCACGUCUUCCACGAGGCAGGGCCAUACGGCGCGCACCGCCAGCAAGGCGUCUACCAUCCGGCCCCUCAGUAUGGCUACCCCUACGAUACCUCGCGCCAGCAGCCCGACCCUUCCUCGACGUGGGCAGACGUCGCCUCUUCCCACGCCUCUCCUCCGCUGUACGACGCUCAGCCGCACGUUCUUGGACCUUCGCGAUUCGCUUCAUCGUCCCAAGGACAACCCUCGGUCGUGUGGCCUGAUGCCGCUCUAGCUUCGCAGUCCGACCCUUUCAGUGGACACCAGGCGCCUGCUGAGCUUCGGUCCGCCGUCGACGUCCCGCAGCGUCCCGAUCGCGCUCCACGAAAGCCAUCGGAAGGCGAAACUCGGCCUCGACGCAAGCAGAGGAAGCAUCAAGCACCUAUGAGCCACGCCGAUCAAGCCGCCUUUGAAGAGCGCGUUGGUCGCAUCGAGCAGAUGCUCUCGAGCCGCCCCCUGCACCCUACACCCGAGUACCUGCUUUGGGAAGGCGGCGAGCUGCUCGACUUCAGCCUUUACCGAGCGGGCAGAGAGAAGCUCGCGACGAUUGGCGACGCCACGCUGCGGCGCUGGCUCCAGGACGUCCUCGCCAUCCGGCUGGAGCUCGUGCGCACGCGCCAUCCGCGCAGCAUCUGGGCUCUGGUCGACAUCGAGGUGAUCGAGGACGCGCGCGGUCCGCAGGCGGUCCACACUUCCACCAACAUGCACGCCAAGCGCCAGGGCGUGCGGGUGCAGCCGGCGGAGCGCGGUGCGUUUGACGUCGUCGACGAUCCGUUCGCCGACUUCCAGGUGGGCGACUACCGCAUCGAGGUCCUCGUGCGCCGCGGCGGCAACGUCGUCGUCAGCCCCGAAGGUCGCUCGUACAACGUCGUCGCACUGCCCACCGGAGGCGCCCCGGGCCGCAUCGCUAUCGGGACGCUCAGGAUCCAGCAGAGGAUCCCGACCGAGGAGCCUCGCAUCCUCCGUCCCGACGAGCAGCUCGCCCAGGGCAACUUCUUCUUCUGA